UAUAGUGCCUCAGAUAUGGACGGCUGCCCGGCUCCACUCUUCGUCAUCGCGUUUCUCCCAGCGUCCUCCUGCGUAUGCAUGUAUGCGACCGACGGGCUGAUUUCAUAACGUGGGGAGGAAGAGAGGAAUGGAGCUGUGAGCACGGAGGAGCACCAGUCCCGGUAGGCUCUAUGCACCAUCAGUGUUCCCGUUAUUCCCGGGCCAUGCACACGGCGCACUGAGGAGAUGCGGUAGUGGUGGAGGCUGCUGAUGCUGCUGUCCGAUCAGCUCUUAUUCUUGUCUUGAGCAUCAUCGCCGUGACGGCCACACACACCGAGAUCAAGCUCCGGAGCCAGGGACACCGCAGACCGGAUAACACAGGAUGGAGUUCAAGCAUCUGGUGGAGGCGGCGGAGAAGUGGUGCUCCGGUAACCCGUUCGACCUCAUCUUCGCCGAGGAGGACGACGAGAGGCGGCUGGACUUUUACGCUGAGCCCGGCGUCUCCUUCUACGUGCUGUGUCCCGGCGGCACCGACAGUUUCCAUGUAUGGAGUGAGAGUGAGGACUGCCUCCCCUUCCUACAGCUGGCCCAGGACUACAUCUCCUCCUGCGGGAAGAAGACUCUGCUGGAGGUGCUGGAGAAGGUCUUCACGUCCUUUAGGCCUCUGCUGGGUCUGCCAGACAUAGAGGACGACAGUUUCGAGCACUACCACGCUGACAUGGAGGGGGAACCGGGGCCGGACCACCAGCAGAUGGGGGUCAGCCAGCAGUGAUGAGCCCCAGGACGAGGCCUGCAGCUGGGGCAGAGCUGCUCUGAAGCUCUGGGUCUCAACUCAUUAGCCCAAACACUUAACAACUUAUCCAAACACACACACACACACACACACACACACACACAUACUUACGGCCAACUUGCUAAAACUGCACCACCAUGUUCUUGAAUGUCUCAGUGGCUUUGCUUCCCAAAGAGUGCACUCUGUUGCACUGUGUUGAACCCCCCCCGACCAAACACACACACACACACACACACACACACACACGCACACACACGUACUCACACAUUGGGGCUACGUGGCAGUAGCCAUGUACAAUGCAAGUAUCAUAAUCAUUCACCAUCCGGUUAGUUAACGUUCCACAGCACAGCAAUAUUACAUCGGCCUCAGCUGGCUUCAUUAUGCAGAAAAACCGUCAGACGCAAUACACACGUCCUUCCCCCAUGGCUUCGAAGAUGAAUGUGACAGAUAACCUACUUCUCUGCGUGUCUGAUCGCACACACACACACACACACACGAUACACAAGAGCGAGCUAAAAAGUGACAGUUUGUGGCUGCGUGAGGUAACGGGAGUGACGCAGGUAGAGUUUUCCACCGCAUGGAGGGAAGUGAUUCAGCUCGCCGUCCAGAUCACAACACUUCACAUAGUCACAACUACAGCACCAUGUGGACGUCACAGUGUGCAGCUUUACAGUAGCAUGGAUCAUUUCGUGAGGUGUGUCCCGUAAUGUUUUCAAGGCACCUCAAAGAGUUCAGAGUCGCCCAGUGAGGAGGUUUUUAAUCAGUGUUCCGAUCACAUGACAUCACAACAAAGGCCCAUGCUGCAGCUUCAGCCCUUCCUGGUGUGGGUGUGUCAUUGUCACAUGACACCCUCCUGUCCUGUAGUCUUCCUGGUGCUUCACAGUUCGCCCUCCUUUUCUCAGCACAAUCUGACGAGACCCUUCCUAAAUCUAGCCGCAGUCUCUUUUUGCAGUGUGUUGUUUUGAAUUUAUCGGCUUCUAACCAUGAUUUAAUACGUGCACACCCCAGUCCCCGAGUGACGUCACAGGGGAGAGGAACUAUUUGUUGACAGCCACCCUCGGCCGGCCCUCUUAUCUCUCACAGUGUGUUGUUGUUUGUCGCAUCCAGUGCACUGCAAUGCUUCAGGCCCCCCCGCCCUGCCCUGCCCUGCCCCCGCCCGCCGCCUCCAACCACUCCAUCCACAUGUAAGACUGUUUCACAGGUUCAUCUUUGGCCUGUUUACUUUGGCUUGUAAAUGUCUGUCUUUUUAUUGGGUGUUUCUCAUGCAGUGUAUCUUCUGUUCGUCCUCCGAUGUGUGUGAAACUGUUCAAUAAAGCGUGUCAGCAGAGCGUCA